GCGACAGCCAAUCACAAUGCAACCUGCUUGAAUUAUAUUAACCGGCUUAUGUCCAUUAGCAGCAAGUCAUGGGAGUCUAUAACAGUCUACAAACGCAACAUACAAGAAAUAAGGAAAGACGGCAUAAUGAAACUGUAUUAAGGAAUUGUGUAUUUUAAAUGUUUUUUUAAAACGUUGAUAUCAAUAUUGAAAAAGGCUUACGACGGUGUAGUAAGUAAGCCCUGUGGAUUUUAGUUGCCUCUGAAGAGUUGUCCCGAAAGACCUGCUUUCAACCAUCGAUCUACUUCACUGAUCAAAUAUGGAGGGUGGAGGCAAGGGGGUGACGUUCCAGCUGAUGAUGGCAGUGGGAACAGCUGUGAUUGGCUCGCUGCAGUUUGGCUACAACACAGGGGUCAUCAACGCUCCCCAAAAGAUCAUUGAAGGCUUUUUGAAUGACACGUGGAACAACAGGUACUCUGAGCCCAUCCCUGCCACAUCCCUGACCACCCUGUGGUCCAUCUCCGUGGCCAUCUUCUCUGUCGGGGGCAUCUUCGGCUCCUUCUCCGUGGGCCUCUUUGUCAACCGCCUGGGCAGGAGGAACUCGAUGCUCAUCGCCAAUGUGCUAGCAUUCAUCGCCGCCGGGUUCAUGGGCUUCUCCAAGCUGGCGGUGUCGUGGGAGAUGCUGAUCAUUGGCCGCUUCAUCGUGGGACUUUACUCCGGCCUGUCCACUGGCUUCGUGCCCAUGUACGUGGGGGAGAUCGCGCCCACUUCGCUCCGUGGGGCGCUGGGCACUCUGCACCAGCUGGGAAUCGUCAUUGGAAUCCUCAUGGCACAGGUGUUUGGGAUGGAGUCGAUCAUGGGGAACUCCACUAUGUGGCCCUUCCUGCUGGGCCUCACUUUCAUCCCGGCCGUGUUGCAGUGUAUCCUGCUGCCCUUCUGCCCCGAGAGCCCUCGCUUCCUCCUCAUCAACUGCAACGAGGAGCUCAAGGCCAGGGAAGUGCUGGAGAAGCUGCGAGGCACUGAGGAGGUGGGCGCCGACAUGCAGGAGAUGAAGGAGGAGGCCAGGCAGAUGAUGAGGGAGAAGAAAGUGACCAUCCUGGAGCUAUUCCGCUCGCCACUCUACCGCCAGCCCAUCUUCAUCGCCAUCAUGCUCCAGCUCUCCCAGCAGCUGUCUGGCAUCAACGCUGUUUUCUACUACUCCACCAGGAUCUUUGAGAAGGCGGGGGUUUCUCAGCCAGUCUAUGCUACCAUUGGGGCUGGAGUAGUCAAUACAGCCUUCACUGUUGUGUCUCUAUUCAUUGUGGAGCGUGCUGGGCGAAGAUCCCUUCACCUCACUGGGUUACUGGGGAUGGCCUUCUCAGCGGUCCUGAUGACAGUUGCCAUGGCACUGCUGGACCAGCUGCCAUGGAUGUCGUACGUUAGCAUCGUGGCCAUCUUCAGCUUCGUGGCCUUCUUUGAGAUUGGCCCAGGCCCCAUCCCAUGGUUCAUUGUGGCUGAGCUCUUCAGCCAAGGUCCUCGGCCCUCUGCCUUUGCUGUGGCUGGAUUCUCCAACUGGUCAGCUAACUUUAUAGUGGGCAUGACCUUCCAAUACGUUGAGCAACUGUGUGGCCCCUACGUCUUCAUCAUCUUCACCGUGCUGUUGCUGGGCUUCUUCGUCUUCACCUACUUCAUGGUGCCCGAAACCAAGGGACGAUCGUUUGACGAGAUCGCCGCUGGCUUCCGCCAUGAUGCCGGAGAGGCAGGGGAGAAGUAUGCGCCUGACGAGAUGAACAGCCUGGGGGGAGCCGACUCCCAGCUCUAAGCCCUCCGACAACACCGAUACAUACAUACAUACAUACAUACAGUUGAAGUCGGAAGUUUACAUACCCUUAGGUUGGAGUCAUUAAAACUAGUUUUUCAACCACUCCACAAAUGUCUUGUCCGAACCAACUUGCCAAAACUAUAGUUAACAUCUACUUUGUGCAUGACACAAGUCAUUUUUCCAACAAUUGUUUACAGUCAGAUUAUUUAACUUAUAAUUCCCUGUAUCACAAUUCCAGUGGGUCAGAAGUUUACUAAGUUGACUGUGCCUUUAAACAGCUUGAAAAAUUCCAGAAAAUUAUGUCAUGGUUUUAGAAGCUUCUGAUAGGCUAAUUGACAUCAUUUGAGUCAAUUGGAGCUGUACCUGUGGAUGUAUUUCAAGGCCUACCUUCAAAUUCAGUGCUUCUUUGCCUGACAUCAUGGGAAAAUCUAAAGAAAUCAGCCAAUACCUCAGGAAAAAAGUCUGGUUCAUCCUUGGGAGCAAUUUCCAAACGCCUGAAGGUACCACAUUCAUCUGUACAAACAAUAGUACGCAGCCGUCAUACCGCUCAGGAAGGAGACGCAUUUUGUCUCCUAGAGAUGGACGUAUUUGGGUGCGAAAAGUGCAAAUCAAUCCCAGAAUAACAGCAAGGGACCUUGUGAAGAUGCUGGAGGAAACAGGUACAAAAGUAUCUAGUAAAACGAGUCCUAUAUCGACAUAUCCUGAAAGGCCGCUCAGCAAGGAAGAAGCCACUGCUCCAAAACCGGCAUAAAUAAGCCAGACUACGAUUCACAACUGCAGAUAGGGACAAAGAUCAUACAUUUUGGAGAAAUGUCCUCUGGUCUGAUGAAACAAAAAUAGAACUGUUUGGCAAUAAUGACCAUUGUUUUGUUUGGAGGAAAAAGGGGGAGGCUUGCAAGCCGAAGAACACCAUCACAACUGUGAAGCACUGGGGUGGCAGCAUGUUGUGGGGGUGCUUUGCUGCAGGAGGGACUGGUGCACUUCACAAAAUAGAUGGCAUCAUGAGGGAGGAAAAUUAUGUGGAAAUAUUGAAGCAACAUCUAAAGGCAUCAGUCAGGAAGUUAAAGCUUGGUCGCAAAUGGGUCUUCCAAAUGGACAAUGACCCCAAGCAUAUUUCCAAAGUUGUGGCAAAAUGACUUAUAAGGACAACAAAGUCAAGGUAUUGGAGUGGUCAUCACAAAGCCCUGACCUCAAUCCUAUAGAAAAUUUGUGAGCAGAACUGAAAAGGUGUGUGCGAGCAGGGAGGCCUAUAAACCUGGCUCAGUUACACCAGCUCUGUCAGGAAGAAUGGGCCCAAAUUCACCCAACUUAUUGUGGGAAGCUUGUGGAAGGCUACCUGAAACGUUUCACCCAAGUUAAACCAUUUAAAGGCAAUGCUACCAAAUACUAAUUGAGUGUAUGUAAACUUCUGACCCAUUGGGAAUGUGAUGAAAGAAAUAAAAGCUGAAAAAAAUAAUUCUCUCUACUAUUAUUCUGACAUUUCAAAUUAUUAAAAUAAAGUGGUGAUCCUAACUGACCUAAGACAGGGAAUUCUUACUAGGAUUAGAUGUCAGGAAUUGUGAAAAAACUGAGUUUAAAAGUAUUUGGCUAAGGUGUAUGUAAACUUCUGACUUCAACUGUACAUAGAUAGAUAGAUAGAUUUUAUUUGACCAUGUAAAAAAAUAUACAACCACAAAUGUGGAUAAUGCAUUUAAAAUUAUCAAGCAUGACACAAGACAUGUUUUUUACGAUCUAUUUCCAUUAUAGUCCUCUUAAAUAAAUGGUUCAAAAAUGUACAAACAUAAACAUACUAGGCAUACUUGGCUUAUACAUAUAACACAUGACAUAACAGGCAUAGUUGGCUUACACAUAUAGCUAACGCAUAACAAAUCAAAGGAUAGGAGACAUUGUCAUAGCCAUAGAGCAGGACUCCCUCAACAGAUCAGCGAUCUCAGGCUCCUAAAAUGAGAUGAUGGUUUGAUGAUGGUGACGCAGUUGAUGCCAGAUGAUGGUGAUGAAGUUGGCUUGCCGGCUCUGAUAUAUUAUACAAGGGGGUGUUCACAGGGUAUCCAUGUAAAACUUUCCACAGAGGGUUCUGUCCUCCCAAAAGGGUUCUACCUGGAACCAAAAAGGGUUAUACCUGGAACCAAAAACAUUUAUCUUAUGGGGAAAGCCGAAGAAUCCUUUCGGAAUCCUUUUUUUCGAAGAGUGUAGGACAAUGAUGUCAGCAAAUUUGAAUAUAUACUUUUAUAUUAGCAAAUUUAGCAUACAACUCCACUUGAACCUAUGGAUUUUAGAGGGCGACUCUACAGAAGGGGAUUCGUAGUCUGUCAAUCAGUUAAGGCAAGACAUUUUGGAAUUUACAGAUUUGUAUCCUUGUCUUGUUUGAACAAUACAAUGUAAUGUAAUGGUGUGUGUGUGUGUGUGUGUGUGUGUGUGUGUGUGUGUGUGUGUGUGUGUGUGUGUGUGUGUGUGUGUGUGUGUGUGUGUGUGUGUGUGUGUGUGUGUGUGUGUGUGUGUGUGUGUGUGUGUGUGUGCGCGCGUGCGUGCGUGCGUGUGUGCGUUUGUACACACCACAAGUCACUGCUUUAUGCAUAGUGACUUUUUCUUUAGUAUUGGACACAUGCUGUAAAUAAUAUACAAAAUAGAUCAUUGUAGUUGUAUAACCAGAAUAAGAGUAAAAUACCAUGUAAGCUCUAACUUGUCAGUUGCAGAGUUCUGUAUCACUUUACAAAACAAAACUAUUUAUUAGUGAGCUGUACAAUUCUAUUGUGUAGCCUACCAAAAAGAAAACGCUAAUCUGUGUGUAGUGCCUAGGGUGAUGGGGAAGUAGGCAGCAGAAGGAGAUCUUUUGUGUUUUCUUUAUGUUUUAUGUUACAACAAAGUGCCACGACUGCUCUACUGACAGCUCUUCCCCUUUUUUUAUGAGGUAUUGUAUGGUAGCUGGAUAUUUUGCUCAAUAAAAGCAAGCUGCACGCAGAGAACCA